CUCACAUAUUCCAGAAUUUCCGCACACGCAAUGAUUUCUCUUUUCCUGAUCACUUCUUCCCUUCCCCCAACUCACAUAUUCCAAUUAACAAUAACCAAACAUUUUUUUCUCUUAUUUCAACAAUCUUUGUAACAUAUAGAUGGGUGUUGGAUAGGCGAAUUUCAUUAUUCUCGUGGUGGAGGGACGGCGACGACGACGAAUUUGGCGGCAGUCGCGAUGCUUUCUCCUUGGACACCCUAAAUUGAUGGAAGAUCGACUUCCUCAGAGAGUUAUAGAGCUUGCGUGACCUCUCUCUUUGAUGUCUGAAAUACAUAAAAUUGAUGCUCGCCGUAUGUUUCUUUUCCCCAGUGAGGGUGAUGGUGGUUGACGGAAUUGAAGCUGUCGGUGGCAUGUACGGCGCGACCGUCCGCGUGCUGUUCCCCAGCGAGAGGAGGCUCUGCGAGCAGAUAUUCGAGGGUCUGGGCAACUCCGCCGACGAUGCGUGUUUCAUGGAGACCAUUAAAGGUCCUGCUAUUCAGCUGUUAAAUUUUGCAGAGGCCAUCAGUAUCAGCAGGCGUUCACGGAAAAAAUUGCUGAAGAUACUGGACUUACACGAUGCUCUGUCUGAUUUGUUGCCUGACAUCGAGGCAGUCUUUGAUUCCAAAUCGAGUGAGCGAUUGGAGUACAGUCAGUGGAGCUAUUGUCUAGGUUAGUCGAGGCCAUACGAGGUAUAUUUCGGAAUUUGAGAAUGCCGUGCUUCACGAGCCUUCGAAGGUUCCUGUUCCGAGAGGAAAAAUUCAUCCCUGGACUAGAUAUGUGAUGAAUUACAUUAGUCUGUUCUUGGACUAUAAACAGACCCUGAAUGAAUUGAUUGUGUCCAAACCCUCGGCUGGGUAAAGAUAUUUGAGCGAUCCCAACGUGCAAAUUUGAAAGUCAGACAUCGACAUUGGCCCUUCAUUUGAUGUGGAUUAUUGUUAUUUUGCAGUUCAAUUUGGACGGCAAGUCUAAACACUAUGGAGAUGCUUCCUUGGCUCAUUUGUUUAUGAUGAAUAACGUCCAUUAUAUAGUUCAGAAGAUUAAAGGGUCACCUGAGCUGAGGAAGAUGAUAGGGGACAAUUAUUUGAAAAAUCUAACUUGGAAAUUCCGGGUUUCUGCCACCAACUACCAGCGAGCGGCCUGGGUGAGGGUAUUGUACUGCUUGAUGGAUGAGGCUCUGCACGUGAAAGGAAGCUUUUCCUCUGGUGUGUCAAAAAGUGGUUUAAGAGAGAGAUUCAAGGCUUUCAAGGCCAUGUUUGAGGAGGUACAUAAAACACAGGCGACGUGGCUGAUAACCAAUACUCAGCUUCGUGAGGAGCUGAGGAUUUCCAUAUCGUAGCUGAUCAUCCCAGCCUAUAGAUCAUUUCUGGGGAGGUUCAGAAGUCAUAUCGAGAGUGGGAUGCACCCUGAGAUUACAUCAAGUACUCGGUUGAGGACCUCAAGAACACAGUUUUGGAAUUUUUUUAAGGGUACCUGGUUUCACAGUAUUCGAGGACGAGAUCCGAGUGACUAUGGAAGUUGAGCCUGAAGGUUUGCUAUGAUUUGUACGAUAUCAUUCUUUGAAUUUUUUGUGGAGUUUUGAGGGGUGAGGUUAUCAGUUGUUUAAGGAAUUUAGGCCUGCAGUCCAUACAGAAAGGAAAACGGCAUUAUUGUUCAUCUCAAAGGAUAUCCGAAUGUGGUUGCUUGAAGCCAGACACCGCUUCUAAUUACCGCCUCUCAAAUGCUUCAGCUCUGGAUGCCUUCAUUUUCUAAAUAGUGGCACAAUGGGGCAAUGACUGACAUUUUCGGCAGAUUAGGCGGCGCAGAUUGCAGUGUAACGGAACAACGGUUCAUCUCUCACCACUAUAGCCGUUGCACAGCCAUUUAAAAUAUGUAUUGCGGCCAACCAAAUGACACGAUGAAUUUCCUCUGUCAAGUGAUCGAGUUCUACUGUGAGGAUUCACCAGCAUUGGCGGUGCUUAGUGAAGAUGGAGAUAGUGGGGAGCUACGAAGCCACUCUCAACCCCAAAACAUUAAGUCUGACGACACUGAAGAAGAAGAACAGAUGAAUCAGUCCGACCUACAGCGAGUGAACCUAGCUCGCCUACCUUCCACGCGUUCGAUGCAUACGAACGAAGCCAACGAAUUUCAAACACAAACACGGCGACUUGAAGCUCUAAUCUUUCCGGCGACCACCUCGUGUAACAGAAAGCGAGCCCUCUCUUUCUCUCUCAACCGCACCCCGUCGAGGAGACCCCCCCUAUCGUCGGUGUUCCCGCACCCCGACCUUCACCGAGAGCGGUCCCACCGGCGUUCAAUCAGCGAGCCUGCAGCCACCUUUCGCCUCGCCAAGACAGUACCCGAGCCAUUCGUAUUCCGUCCAUCGCAGCGACUGAGCGGGUUCCGAGAACGAGCUUUAUCCAGCGACGUCGAGCGACCUCAGCGAGGCGAGUUUCGUUCUCCGACUGAAGCACUCCGACCUGCGACGAGACCAACGUCCGAGGAGGCCAGGCCUCCAGCAACUUCGGGCCUCGAUUCCCGUCGGGCCGCGACUGUUCCCGAGCCCCGACUAAUGUCCAGCGAUUUCGAACUCUUGACGACCGAGCUUUGUUUAGCCCCGUCCUCCGACAGCGGCCAAGACCUCUGA